AUGACGUCGCCAUCAGGAGCUCCAAGCGCGCGCUGUUACGUGCCCAGAUCCGUGAUUGUGGCCGUCGUCGCCGCUCUGGCGUCGUGCACCGACGCCGCCACAGUGAUGACCAGAAUGAAAGACACCUCGAUGUUCAGAUCCAAAGGAGCCGUUGACGUGGACGGAAAUGCCGCCUCGUCGGCCAUCAAGGACAACGUCGCCGAAACGUACAACUUUAACGCUCAAAACUACACGAACGCCGCCAACAUCACCGACUCGGAAGACGACGACGGUACGUCCGGUGCAAUGGGUGACGAGGAAGCGCUGUCCGCCGUGUGGUACCUAGCCGCAUUUGGCGGUCUGGUGCUGUUCUUCUUCGUGGUCACGUGCUCCGAACUCUUCUUCGGCAAUCCCAUCUACCAGCGCCGCCCCGUCGAGCUGCCGCACGCCGGUUACCUGCGCCGUCACGUGUACGGAAUCCGGAACCACGGACAGCACCACAACUACAAGCCCGAGACGCCGCCCCCACCAUACCACCUGUUUGCGCCACCCAGUUACGAUGACACCGUCAAGGGCGGGUUCGGACAGGUGUUGCAGCAGCAGCAGCAGCAACCACAGCAGUACCACCACCGCGUUCCGGGCAAGAAGCUCGCCGACGUUUACGUGGUGCCCGUGCACGCGGCCACGACCGCCGCCACCGGCGCUACCACCUGCGCCGCCGGAGCCACCACCUGCGCCACGUGCACCACGAACGCCGUGGCCGUGGCUGUAGCGGACGCCAAACUGUUGGCCGCCGUGUUGCCGCAGACGAAAUUCAAAUAA